AUGACAUCUCCAUCUUUGAAGAGUGUCGGAUCAUCAUCAUCUAAAGGAUCAGAGAGAACCCGAGUUCCAACUGGACCAUUCCACGAGUCACCAGCCACAUUCAACUCACCAAUACAAUCAAUUCCAAAGAGAAUCACUAGACUCUAUCCAACCACAUCUCCAAUCACCAAGAAGAUUGCCAAGAACCCAAUUGGACGACCAAGAUCAAAGCGACCAGACCACUGUUUCAUCUGCAAGGUGACCAAGACACCAGAGUGGCGAAAGGGCGACAAUGGUGUGGAUGUUUGUAAUGCCUGUGGAUUGAAGAUUAGAAAGGAGCGUGAAGCAAGAAAGAUGUUAAUGUUGAACAACAUAUUGAACAAGGAAGAGGACAACAAUGAUAUUGUUACUCAACAUGAUAUUGAUGAGUACUUCCAAUCACUAAGUAAUAGAUUGACAAUGGGCGACAACUGUAUAAAGUUUGUAAACUAUGGACAACAUCUUGAUCAUCCACAUCAUCAACUCGUUCAUCAUAUCAACAACAAGUACUCACCAAAGAGAGCAAUAAUCAACUAA